AUGAAAUUGAAGGCACUCGACAAGCCAAAUAUGGAUGUCGAGCACUCACGGAACGAGAGAAGGAGAAAGGAGGGACAAGAGAAGGCUAGAUUGGAUGUUGCUAGAGAGGUUGACACCGACAAAUCCAGCAUCAGGAGCUACCUCAGUGAGCGGCUCGCAUCAGAUGAUCAAAUUUUAAGCAGACUACCGGGCAUCGUCUCCAAGCUUGUCACAGAGCUUGAAAAAGGCGGAGACGAGAAGUCCAUCGAUCAGUGGUGCAAAGCCAUCGUCUCUUUCCGCACUGGUGAGAUCAAGGCUAGAGUAGAUGCGGUAUACCUCAACAGCCUCUCUGACAGCCAGUCAAAUGGACGCUCUGAUACAUCAGACGAGGAAUUGAAGGGACGGAAAGCUGCUUUGCAAGCUGAAAUGGAGGAACUGCACUCGGAGAUCGCGUCGGUCGCUGAGAUGGUGGUCGAGCACGAGCUACGAAAGCCAAUGAACGAAAUGAAGGAGCGAAAAGAUCGAGAAGUGACACAGGCUCGAGGUGCAUGGUUGAAUUACAUUCUCACGACACUCGAUUACAUGGGCAAGCGCCUCGAUACCAUCACAACCAGCACACAAGACGUCGAUGGCUUCCAACAAGCACUCGCACAUGUCAGCGACGCAGCAUCAAAGCGUCUACCAGAAGCCCAUGCCAUCCGACCCACUCCACCACGACGAAGGACUACAUCCGAGCCACUAUCAGCAUUCACGCCCAUGGUCAAGCUAAAGCCCUCAAAAACCCUGGACCUACCUGUAGCCCUCCAAGACGCUCUCCGCCACGCCGGCAUACCCUUCAACCAAGACAGCAUCGAAGCUCUCCAAGACUCACUAAUCCACGCCCAAGCCGAACGCGAGGGCAAGCUUCGAGAGCACUAUGCCUCUACAUCCACAUCUACGCACGACAAACUGGCCGAACGCUCGAGCAAAGCCGAUGCUGAUUUGCGCGUCAUCGUCGACGCUUUGUUCAAGCACACGCCGUUCCAGCAGGUCCACUUGACGGACGCACGGUUGGAUAGGCAGUUGCGUGAUUUGGAGGCGGAGGUUGAGAAGAAGAAUCAUGAGUUGCUGGAGGCGGAGGGGAAUGUGUUGAGUUUGAGCGAUCCGAAGGUUCGAGCUUUUGUUAAGAAGUAUGGCAAGUAG